AUGAGCACUACGCGAUUCGGUGAGGCUUCCGAAGCUACUAUUAACGUGGCUAUCGAUCAAGUGACGCCAAUAAAUACUAAGAAAUCGAAUGGUUACGUAUGGAAGCAGUUUCAUGAAUUUUGCGGACAACGAGGUUACGAAUUAACAAGAACGACGCCCACCACAAAACUUGCCCUAAUUAUGAAGGAUUGGGGGUACAACAUGAAACAGAAGAAUGUAGAAGACUAUAAGGAAUCGGUGAUAAAAACAAUGUGGAACGUGACCGCCAAGCAGCUUCAAAAAUUGUAUUUUCAAGAAUUCGGUCUCGACGAGGAUACACCUGACGGUUUGGAACGAAAAUUCUACUACAUUGCUAGCUAUGAACUGGCUUGGCGAGGAGGGGAAGCCGCAGUUGCUGAGGUGAAUUUUUUCCACGACGAGGUAAGCAAUUCCAGCGUCUGGUCCGGAAGAAUAGAAUACAACCCAGUAUUUAGUAAGACUGCACAAGGUGGAGGUCGGAAACUAGCAGACAGCAAAUGGCUGGUAGCUAACACGGAGAAGUCGAAAUUUUGUCCUGUGAGGUUAUUCAAGAAGCUCCUGAGUAAGAGAGGACCAAAUGUUACUACAAACAGGCUGUUCCUGACUCCCAAACCACUAUGGAGGGAUCUUUCUUCCGUUGGCUGGUACAAAAAUUCUCCUGUUGGAAAAAAUCAAAUAGGGAAAUGGACGAAAUCUGAUGCGAAACAAAUCGGCGUUGAUACAACAAUAACGAAAAUCACCAAUCACUCUUUGAGAUCCUCAGCAGUCUCCCAUUUGGCAAGAGGGGGUGUUGGCGAAGAGCAGUUAAUAAAGAUUACUGGACAUGCGAGCACAGCUUCCAUUAAGCCCUACCUCCAGCUGGAUUCAUGUCAUCAUGCUAAAAUAAUAGGAAAAAUGAGGAAUGAAGCAUCAUCGUCCACUUAUUCUUCAACUUUAAUUACAAGUUCCAGCUCAUCGAGCUCCUCAACAAAUCUUGAAAAAGAGUGUGACGUUAGCGCAAAAAAACCUAGAAUUAUGAAUUUUUAUAAUUGUACCUUUCAUAGCAAUCAAUUUUGA